UCUAUGACAAACUUCCUCGCUUGGUCAAUUCAGUACUUGCAUGUAUAAUUUUUUAUUUUCGGUGCAUUUGUGUCUCAUCUUCUUGGAAGAACGUGCUGGGUUAGGAAAAUGUUUGGUAUAAGGAGCGCUGCUAAACUGGACAAAAAUGUCUGGUCGUUUUUAUCACGGGGAGUUGCUGCAAAAGCCGCAAGCCAAGCCGCUGCUGGUGUUAAUGGCAAAAUUGUUGCUGUUAUUGGUGCUGUCGUUGAUGUGCAAUUCGACGACGACUUGCCACCAAUUUUAAACGCUCUGGAAGUGGAAAACAGAGCCCCUCGUCUUGUAUUGGAAGUUGCCCAGCAUUUGGGUGAAAAUACUGUGCGUACUAUUGCUAUGGAUGGUACAGAGGGUUUGGUCCGUGGACAAAAUGUUUUGGAUACUGGAUACCCGAUUCGUAUUCCUGUGGGCGCAGAGACUUUGGGUCGCAUCAUAAAUGUAAUCGGUGAGCCUAUUGAUGAGCGUGGUCCCAUUCCUACGAAUAAGACAGCCCCAAUACAUGCAGAGGCUCCAGAAUUCGUUGACAUGUCGGUAGAGCAAGAAAUUUUGGUGACGGGUAUCAAAGUUGUCGACUUGCUAGCUCCCUAUGCUAAGGGUGGUAAGAUUGGCUUGUUUGGUGGCGCUGGUGUCGGCAAGACUGUAUUAAUCAUGGAACUGAUUAAUAAUGUAGCUAAGGCUCAUGGUGGUUAUUCAGUGUUCGCUGGUGUUGGGGAGCGCACGCGCGAAGGCAAUGACUUAUAUAACGAAAUGAUUGAGUCUGGUGUAAUAUCUCUCAAGGAUAAAACCUCAAAGGUCGCUUUGGUAUAUGGUCAAAUGAACGAGCCCCCAGGUGCUCGUGCUCGUGUUGCGUUGACUGGGUUAACUGUUGCUGAAUAUUUCCGUGAUCAAGAAGGCCAAGAUGUAUUGCUUUUCAUCGAUAAUAUUUUCCGAUUCACUCAAGCAGGUUCUGAGGUAUCUGCUUUGUUGGGCCGUAUCCCUUCUGCUGUGGGUUAUCAACCAACUCUAGCUACUGAUAUGGGUUCUAUGCAGGAGCGUAUUACUACCACAAAAAAAGGUUCAAUCACCUCUGUACAGGCUAUUUAUGUGCCAGCUGAUGAUUUAACUGAUCCUGCUCCUGCAACAACCUUUGCUCACUUGGACGCCACAACGGUGCUAUCGCGUGCCAUAGCAGAACUAGGAAUUUAUCCAGCUGUGGAUCCUUUGGAUUCUACUUCCCGUAUCAUGGAUCCCAACAUCAUUGGUCAAGAACAUUACAACGUAGCACGUGGCGUUCAGAAAAUAUUGCAAGACUACAAGUCGCUGCAAGAUAUCAUUGCCAUUCUGGGAAUGGAUGAGUUGUCCGAAGAGGACAAACUUACUGUUGCACGUGCUCGCAAGAUUCAACGCUUCUUGUCACAACCAUUCCAGGUCGCUGAAGUGUUUACGGGUCACGCUGGAAAAUUGGUUCCAUUGGAGGAAACUAUUAAGGGAUUCAAUCAGAUUUUGGCGGGAGAAUAUGAUCAUCUUCCUGAAGUUGCAUUCUAUAUGGUUGGUCCAAUUGAAGAAGUUGUUCAUAAGGCUGAACGUUUAGCUAAAGAAGCUGCCUAAAAUCGAAAUAUUUGUAUUUCAUUUAGGGUAUAAAGAUGCACAUGUAAUAAAGAAUGUUAUAUGCUCACUAA